AUGACUAGUGUUUAUAAUUCUGAUUUGAAGAAUCAUAGACGUGCUCCACCUCCACCACGUCCUCCGGUAGCGGCACACUCAUCAUCAUCUUUGAACUUACUGUCCACAACACUGGGAUUAGGGCUAGGUUCAAAGGGAAACACCUAUCACAACAAUAUCUCCUCCCCAACGUCCAACCAAAUUCCCAUUAGUCUUGGCUCAAACAAACGUCAAUCUGGAUGGGUACACGUGAAAGAUGAUGGUAUCUUCACAUCGUUUAGAUGGAACAAGAGAUUUAUGAAUAUGAAUGAUCGAUCGUUGAAUAUUUACAAAAAUGAACCUAGUAUAAACGAUCCAAAUAGUCCUGAAUUGUUAUUACCAUUGAAUUUGAUAAGUAAUAUAAUCUUGAAGCCACAAUCAGGACACUCCAAAAACUGUCAAUCAUUUGAAAUUAUUCCUAAAAAUUAUGGAAAAUCUAUAUUAAUUUCAGUCAAAUCAAGUAAUGAAUAUUUGGAUUGGUUAAAUGCGUUUUCAAGUAAAUGUCCUUCAGCUCAAAUUGGACAAUCUAUGAACUCAAGUAGCACAAUUGCUGGCUUACCAACAUCUUCAAUGGGAGCUGCAUCCUCGCAGUCUAGUCACAACUUAGCAUCACUAGGUGGUAGUGUGAGUGGAUCACUACAUGGCGGUAACUCUGGUGUAUCAAGUCCAAUAAAUUUUACCCACAAAGUUCAUGUUGGAUUUGAUCCUGCUAGUGGUAAUUUUACUGGAUUACCAGAAACUUGGAAAAGUUUAUUACAACAUUCCAAAAUCACUAAUGAAGAUUGGAAAAAGGAUCCUGCUGCUGUUAUUGAAGUAUUGGAAUUUUACUCUGAUAUUAACGGAUCAAAUCCUACUACACCAAUGGCUUCACCUCAAGUUAAUAUGAAUAAGAAUAUUGGUAAUACUAUUGACCACAAUUCUAAUUUACAAGAAUGGACUAAACCACCUCCAAAAAGUAGCACUACACAAUUUAAACCAACACGAUCAGCCCCUAAACCGCCACCGCCUUAUCAUUUAACUGCUCAACAACACGGAAGCGGAGGCAACGAAGCAACUGCCCCCACCACAAUAUCCCCAUUGAGUAAUUUGCUUAGUAAAAGUGUUGGAACAACAAAUGCAAAUACUACCACUGUUCCUACACCACUGGGUGAUAAGAAUGAUCUUGUUCCAGUUAGAAGAGCGCCUCCUCCACCGACAGGAUCAAGUGGAGGUAUAUCCAAGCAGCAGCAGCAGCAGCAGCAACAACAACAACAACCAUUGCGUAGUCAUCAACGUCAACAAUCUACAUCUAAACCGCAACAAGUGCCACCUUCAUUACCCGGUGGUGCUAGUUUCAACAGAACACCAACAUACAAAGUUCAUCCCGAUUUGAAGAUUCAACAAAGUAGUACUAGUCUUUCACUGGAUAAGGAAAACAUGAGUGAUGAAGGUGUCAAGCAUUACUCUCCUACAUCGAAAAAGAGUCCACUGGAAUCACAACACCCAAAUGUGUCCGUGGUGCAGUCUCAUCAACAUAAGCCACAUCAGCAACCACUCACUGGCCCAGCUGGUGCUGCGCAUUCAGUUACAAAGCCAUUAAACCCUUUAAAUGAACUGGUAAAACCAUUGCAAUUGAAAUCAAAACAGGAUCAAGGAGCACAGCGAUCUGAUCAACAACAGUCCGAACAACAAGACAAGUCAAAACCCAAACCAAAAGUGCAAUCACCUACUCAAGGUCCUGCAGUACCCAAGACCGCCAAACAAUUGAAAAAGGAACGAGAAAGAUUAAAUGAUUUGCAAAUUAUUGCUAAAUUAAAAACAGUUGUUAACAGCAACAAUCCCAAACCAUUGUUCAGAAUCAUUGAAAAAGCAGGUCAAGGAGCUUCCGGAAACGUUUAUUUGGCAGAGACGAUUUCCCAAGGUAAGAAAAUUGCCAUUAAACAAAUGGAUUUAAAUAUCCAACCAAGAAAAGAAUUAAUCAUAAAUGAAAUUUUGGUCAUGAAGGAUAGUCAACAUAAAAACAUUGUUAAUUUUUUGGAUUCUUACCUUAUUGGAGAUUCUGAAUUAUGGGUUAUUAUGGAGUACAUGGAAGGUGGAUCCUUAACGGAGAUCAUCGAAAAUAACGAAUUUAAAUUAAAUGAACGACAAAUUGCCACCAUUUGCUUUGAAACUUUGAAAGGAUUGCAACAUUUACAUAAGAAACAUAUAAUUCAUCGUGAUAUUAAAUCAGAUAAUGUUUUGUUGGAUUCACAGGGGAAUGUUAAAAUCACUGAUUUUGGAUUCUGUGCUAAAUUAACUGAUCAAAGAAACAAGAGAGCAACAAUGGUUGGUACACCAUACUGGAUGGCUCCUGAAGUUGUCAAACAAAAGGAAUAUGAUGAAAAAGUUGAUGUUUGGUCAUUGGGUAUAAUGACGAUUGAAAUGAUUGAAGGAGAACCUCCAUAUUUGAACGAAGAACCGCUCAAGGCAUUGUAUUUGAUUGCUACUAAUGGUACUCCUAAAUUGAAGAAACCAGAGUUGCUAAGUAAUUCAAUCAAAAAGUUUUUAUCCAUUUGUUUGUGUGUUGAUGUGAGAUAUAGAGCUACUACCGAUGAGUUAUUGGAGCAUUCAUUUAUCCAACACAAGUCAGGAAAGAUUGAAGAGUUGGCUCCGUUAUUGGAAUGGAAAAAGAAUCAGGGUCAGGCACAUGAUCAAGGGGAGUAG